AUGGAAAAUUCACAAAACAAGAACAUAGAAAAUAUUGGACGUAAUGCUACGGAAGGAAACGAUAAGGAUAAUACGACUUGUAAUGACACAAACGAAUCUGUAAGCAUGCCUAUGGGUUCAAAUAUUAUCCCCGAGACUGAAGUAAGUGAACCAGCAAACAAAAGAUUGAAAUAUGUUGUCUGGAACCAUUUUGAAGCAAAAUAUAUUGAUGGUCUUCACCGAUUUGCAAAAUGUAAGUAUUGUAAUAAGCAGAUGGCCGGUAGACCUAAUGAUGGGACAACACAUUUGAAAGAUCACUUCAAGAUAUGUCUGAGGAGAGUUACAAAAGACAUAAGGCAACAUAUUCUAGUUCAAGAGCAGACUGCUAAGGAUGGAAAAACAUCUUUAUUGAGUAAUUAUAACUUUAGUGCUGAAAGCUCAAAAGAUGAUUUAGCUAAAAUGAUCAUUCUUCAUGAUUAUCCACUUUCUAUUGUUGAGCAUCAUGGCUUUCGGAAGUAUUCAAAUGGUCUUCAACCUUUAUUUAAGGUGCCUUGUAGAGCUACAAUCAAGUCUGACAUCAUGAAGAUAUACGAAACAAAAAGAGGUGGUGUAUUCUUUUUACAUGUGUCAUCUCCACACACUGCUGAUGCAUUGUCCCAAGUUAUGAUCGAGUGCUUUAUGGAUUGGAACAUUGACAACAAGUUGUCAACAUUGACACUUGACAAUUGUUCAACAAAUGAUGAUUUGGUUGACAGGCUCUUACGUACUUUUUCUCCUUCCUCCUUAAUUUUGAAGGGUAAGUUGUUUCACAUGAGAUAUUGUGCACAUAUCAUUAAUCUCAUUGUGCAAGAUGGGUUUUCUAUGAUUGAGAAAGCAAUCAAGAAUGUUAGGGAUAGUGUCUCAUUUUUGACAUGUUCUCCUAAAAGAGCCCAAGACUUUAGACUCGUUGCACGACAACUAGGUGUAGAUUGUGAAAGAGAAUUAGUGCUUGAUUGUAAGACUAGGUGGAAUUCUGUUUAUACAAUGUUGAAUGUUGCUUUAGAAUAUAAAGAUGUCUUUACUCGUUUAAGCAAGAAAGAGAAACAUUAUGUUUCUUUACCUAGUGAAGAGGACUGGAGAAUGGCGACUAAUGUAUGUGAUAAGUUAGGUUUAUUUUAUCGUGUGACAGAGACAUUCUCCAGGACCAAAUAUCCCACUUCCAACAUGUUCUUCCCUUUGAUAUGUGAGAUAAAAUUAUCUAUUAAGAGUUGGGAAGACGAUCAAAAUGACGUUAUUAGGAACAUGGCAUCAAGUUUGUUGCUUAAGUUCGAUAAAUAUUGGGGAGUCAUACAUGAUGUGAUGAGUGUGGCUAUUGUUCUAGAUCCUAGAUAUAAGUUAAAGUUGAUAAAUUAUUUCUUCCCAAAGAUUUAG